AUGUCAAAGGCACUUGGAAAACUGUUUGGGAACCCAAGAAACCCACUUCCGACCAACCCAGCCACGCAAAAGGCGGAGCGUCUCAAUUUGAUCAAAUUCUCUCGCCCUCACAUGCGAUCAUUUCACUUUGCAUGGCUUGGAUUUCUUACCGCGUUCACUGGGUGGUUUGCUGUCGCUCCUUUAGCUCCAACAAUUAAAAAGGACCUGAAGUUAAACCCUUUCCAAUUCAAUGAUUCAAACAUUAUUUCCGUCUCCUCUACCAUUGCGUUCCGUAUACUUGUUGGUCCAUUAUGUGACGCUAUCGGUCCAAGAAAGGUUAUGGCAACGUUACUUCUGGUGGGUUCUAUUCCGGUCGGAUUAACCGGGUUGGCAAACGAUCGUGAGGGAUUGAUGAUUGCAAGGUUUUUCGUCGGUAUUCUUGGAGCGACAUUUGUUCCAUGCCAAUUCUGGACAAUGCAGAUGUUCGACUCUAAUGUUGUCGGCAGUGCUAACGCAAUUGCUGGAGGAUGGGGUAACAUGGGAGCUGGUAUUACGUACCUUCUCAUGCCAGUAAUCAUGCAAUGGUUUGUUGAUGGAGGAAGGUCCACCCAUGACGCUUGGAGACUGACGCUAGUUGUACCAGCCUGUCUCUUGAUUGUCGUUGGUAUAGCUUGUCUGUUGUUUACGGAUGAUUGUCCAGAAGGAAAAUGGAAGAACAGGGGAAAACUCGUAGAAGAAGAGAAAAUAGUUGAAGUACACGAUGCUGGAGAUGUUGAUAAGGAAAAGAAGGCAACUACGAUUGAACCGGCAAACAAACAAAGUACCGCCACUGCCCCACCUACUUCUAAACUUAGGGCUUUCUACAUUGCACUAUCUAAUCCCAAUGUGUGGGUUUUAAUGGUCAUGUAUUCCUGCACAUUCGGCGUAGAACUAGCGGUGGACAACGUUCUUGCAGAUUUUCUUUUCAACCACUUCCACUUGACCCAAAAGACCGCGGGUUUGAUCGGAUCUCUAUUUGGAUUGAUGAAUCUCUUCUCACGUGCUACAGGGGGAUUCCUAUCUGACUUUGCAAGUUCUCGUCUGGGAAUACGUGGAAGAUUAUUGGUGCAGCUUUUGAUUAUGUUCUUUGGAGGAUUAUUCCUGUUUCUCUUUAAAUUUGCUGUUACUACCUUGACUGGAGCUAUUAUCGUGUUGGUUAUUUUCAGCUACUUUGUUCAGGCUGGCUGUGGUUCAUCAUUUGGUAUAGUUCCCUUCGUCAAUCCAGCAGUUUCUGGUGCUAUCUCUGGUCUAGUUGGAGCGGGUGGCAACAUUGGUGGUUUAAUAUUUACUAUAAUCUUUAAGAAAUACUCGGAAGAUACCCCAACUGCAUUUAUGGUUAUUGGAUGUGUUGUUAUGACGGUUGCAUUUACCGCCUUCACAUUGAAAGUUGAUGGAAUGAGAUUGGCUUCAUUUAGAAAGUCAUAG